AAUGCUAGUUACAGUUGUCAUCAUCUGAAGACUAUCUUGGUGAGUAAUUAGAUACCAAGUAGAUAGGUGCAAAUUGACCAUGGGAAGAGGCUCUCGACUCACUCUAAACCUCAAGAGCGUAUGUCUUGUCCCACCCUGCGUGUUCUGGUUCAAGCACCUAAGCAGAGAUCAGAUCCCCAGAAAAGUACAAUCGAUACUGAAGGAAGGUACUUCGUCAGUCAUCCAUCCCUUUAUUUCGAAGUUGUGUCUUUAUCUACCCCCGACCAGGAACAUGGGGAUAUGUAUCGUACCACUAUUGUCCUGCAAGGAAACAAUACAUGUACGACACCGGUAUAGGUUUCGGUCUUGUAUUAUAUC